AUGAAUCGGACACAACUCUCGCAGGCAUUCGCGCGGUCUCGCACUAUCACCACCACUUCAGCGCGGCUUUUGCGACCGCGCACAUCGGCACCCACAUCCGCCUCCCAACCGGUGCUGCAAAAAGACGCACCCCCGCCUCCGCGUCGAUCGCCCCCACCACCACCACCCACACAAUCGCCACCCGAGACUAAGCGGGGCGGAAAAGAAGGUUCGGUAUACGCAAGCUACCGCGCUCUGCCGUACAACACCAAACUCGUCUUCUGGACUUGUGGCGCCAUGUUUGCGGUGCUGGGCCUGUUGGCAGCAGACAAACUCGAAGAACUCUUCCCUGCACGCAACAACCGUCCCACCGAAUCCAACGACGAAACACAGCCCAAGUUCAUCCAACACAACCAAAAGCCCCGGCUGCUGGCAAUCUCGGUCGUCGAUCGCAACCCCAACCCCGACCGCACAUAA